AUGGCCUACCUCACACUGCCGCCGGAGUUUAUCCCGGAAGCAAAAACUGUCAUCAACUGGUUCAUGUCGGCCACGCCGCUGGUCACGUACGGAACGACCCUGCUUAGCAUCCGCCGCAAAAAGUCCUCCAAGGGCUUCUCUAUAGACAUCUGCGCGACGAUGCUGAUUGCAUCAACAUUUCGGAUCUUCUACUACAUCAACGAGCCUUUCGAAAUCAGUCUUCUCAGACAAUGUUUUGUCAUGAUCUUCAUACACGUCCUCCUGCUGAAGGUGGCCAUCAAAUACAGAGACCCCACCGAGACGGCGUAUCUGCGGUACGAGGAGUCGUGGCCCGAGUUUCUCAGGUCGGCGUGGAACGUCGCCUGGGACCCCACGGACGAGGGCUCUGUUUAUGGCGACCCACUGGAAAAAGCUUCGAACGCGGCUGUGCAGUACGCCAGACGAUGGGACGAGUACUCGCAAUACAUGCAGUUCUUCGGGGGCCUGGUGCUAAGCUUGACUACUGUCCAGCUGGUGUUCGGCAGGACCGAGUGGCUGGGGUUGGUGUUUGCAUCGUGCUCAUUUUUGAUAGAGAGCACGCUGCCCCUGCCGCAGAUCCUGCUGUUCCAGCGGCUGCGCACCGUGGAAAACUUCAAAACCAUACUUCUGCUCAGUUGGCUGGGUGGAGACCUCACGAAAAUCAGCUACCUGAUGUACGGCACAGACAACGUGGGGGUCAUUUUUGUGGUUGCUGCCAUCUUCCAGAUGAGUCUGAAUCUAGUCAUCACAUACCAGUUUUUCUACUACAAACACAUGGACACGGUUAGUUCGCGACAGGUGAUUCCGCUAAGCCACACUAAGGAGGAGAUUCCGAUGGACGAGUUCCGCGUUUCGGGUACUUUUUCUGCGUCGUCGAGCCGCGGCCCCUUCUCGCCGGUCUCAUCGUCGCAGUUUCCGUCUCCAGCCACCACGCCGAUCCUGAACCCGAAACUCGACCACACGCGUUCCAGAUCAAGCACAUUCAACGAGCACGAGGCACAAAUCAACAAGAGUCUGCGCAAGGUGAGUCUGAGCAGCAGCGUUAACCUGGAGACGAUGAAGGAGCAGAGUAGCAAACUAAAUCAUUAA